AUGUCGACACCAAGGCCCUCCAUGAAGCUCCUUGUUGAGUCUGGUAUCGUUCCGCGAGCUCCGAACCAAAGGCCUCUCACUCUGCUGGAAGUUGCUGAUAAGCAGAGCCUUGGGGAAGGGGCUCAUCUUUUUAUAUGUGGCCGGGGGAAGAUAAGGCCGACGCUGAAGAGGAAGAUAGUCAUCAGGUUCCGCAAUGGUCGGGAAGGCAACCAAGUAAUGGAACUCGGAGCGAGUGCGAUUGUGGGGGAUGGAAACUUGUCUGUUAGCUUGUCAGCCGUUUAG